AUGAACAUCAACGAAGCUCGAGAGACAACCUCAUUGUCCUCGAUCCUGAGAUCAGCUAGUUGUCAUUCUCAGUUUAGGGGAUCCCGUCGAAACCCCUCACCACCACCUGGCCCUUUCGAACGAUUUGUGCACUGUGACGGCUCUUUUGUUUCGGAGUCUCAGUUGGCGGCUUGUGGGAUUACCAUUGCUGAUGCCCACGAUCAGGUGAUUGACGGCAAGGCGGAGAGAUUCUAUUGUUCCUACCCGAUUCAGGCAGAAGCAUUUGCUAUUCUGGGUGCUGUGGUGUUGGCGGCCCAAGAGUCCUAUCCGACGUGUAUCAAAAGCGACUGCCAACGUUUGAUUGUGGCUCUUAUUCAAGACCCCUGCGAUUGGCCUUGA